AUGGCUUCUAAACAAUCUGCUCUGGACUUCUUGUCCUUUGUUAAUGCCGCCCCUACCCCCUUCCAUGCCGUUCAUGAAGCCAAGGUGCUUCUGGCCAAGGCUGGAUUCCAAGAGAUCAAGGAGAAAGACUCUUGGGCGUCGACCUGCCAACCGGGAGGGAAGUACUACUUGACUCGCAACACCACCACUCUCGUGGCUUUUGCGAUCGGCAAGAAAUGGCAGCCGGGUAACUCCAUCUCCAUGAUCGGUGCUCACACCGACUCCCCAGUAUUGCGGGUCAAGCCCGUGAGUAAGAAGAGCGGGGAAGGCUUCGUCCAGGUCGGCGUUGAGACCUACGGCGGAGGCAUCUGGCACACCUGGUUCGAUCGUGACCUGGGUGUCGCUGGCCGAGUGAUGACCCGUGCCGGGGAUGGAUCUAUCGUGCAGAAGCUGGUCAAGAUUGAUAAGCCCAUCCUUCGCAUCCCGACUCUGGCCAUCCACCUGGACCGCCAAGAGACAUUUGCUUUCAACAAGGAGACUCAGCUGUUCCCCAUUGCUGGCUUGAUUGCUGCAGAGCUCAACCGCACUGGCGAGACCAAGGCUGCCGAAUCUGACAAGGACGGUGAAUUCUCGCCCUUGAAGGCUGUGACCGAGCGUCACCACCCUUACUUUGUUGAGCUUAUUGCUGCCGAGGCUGGUGUCAAGCCUGCUGACAUUCUGGACUUCGAGAUGAUCUUGUUUGACACUCACAAGUCCUGCCUUGGUGGCAUGCUGGACGAGUUCAUCUUCUCUCCCCGUCUGGACAACCUUAACAGCACCUUCUGUGCUACUGUUGGUUUGAUUGACUCCGUUGCCGACAAGUCUGCUCUCGAGAACGAAGACGCUAUCCGUCUUAUCGCCCUCUUCGACCACGAGGAGAUUGGCAGCCGCACAGCUCAGGGUGCGGACUCGAACAUUCUUCCAUCCAUCAUCCGCCGCCUAUCUGUCCUCCCUUCAUCAUCCCCAAAGGAUGCCGACCUGUCGACUGCCUACGAGCAGACUCUGUCCACCUCGUUCCUUGUAUCUGCUGACAUGGCCCACUCCAUCAACCCUAACUACGCAGGCAAGUAUGAGCCGGAUCACAAGCCUGAGAUCAACAAGGGCCCAGUGAUCAAGAUCAAUGCCAACGCCCGCUAUGCUACCAACUCCCCUGGCAUUGUCCUUUUGGAGGAGAUUGCCCGCAAGACUACUAAGGAGUCUGGCGAGCACGUUCCCCUGCAGCUCUUUGUUGUCCGCAACGACUCCAGCUGUGGCAGCACCAUUGGCCCCAUGCUGUCUGCCGCCCUGGGUGCACGAACCCUGGAUUUGGGUAACCCUCAGUUGAGCAUGCACAGCAUUCGUGAAACCGGCGGUACUCACGAUGUCGCACAUGCCAUCCGUCUCUUCACUGGCUUCUUCAAGCACUACUCAGAGCUGUCGAAGACCAUUCUUGUGGAUUAA